AUAACUACCUCCAUCGAAUUUCCACCUAUUGACCCACCUCAAAACACCCUCGAAACCACCACUUUCAUCCCCAAAACCAACACAACUUGCUUGAAAUUACUUCCAUCAUGCCGAAACCAACCUCCAACCCCGAAACCACCACCUCUAGCUAACCCCAAAAACCAACAUCCCGAAUCACGAAACUACCUUCACCAACUCGGAAUAUCCUUCAACCUUCUCGAAAAAUUGAAGUAUGGGACUAGCUUUUCGCCUGACUUUGAGAAGGUUUUUGAAUGGAAGGAUCACCUUAGUCUCUUUGUAAAUUCUGAGGAGGAUGCCCUUGCUCAUUGGCCUCUUCCAUGCAGGGAUGAAGCAUUGGAAUACUUGAGAAGUACCGAAAAUGUUAUAAGAAAACUUUGUAACAUACUAAUGAAGGGAUUAAACGUCCAUGAGAUUGAUGAGCAAAAGGAGUCUCUUUUGAUGGGUUGCAAGAGAAUGAACUUAACUUUUUACCCUAAGUGUCCAAACCCUGAGUUAACCUUUGGUACCGGUCCUCAUUCAGAUGCAUCAACCAUUACCAUACUUCUUCAAGACGACGUUGGUGGCCUCUAUGUUCGACGGUUUGAUGAUGAGAGUUGGAUUCAUGUGCCUUCUAUCAAUGGUGCUCUAGUAGUAAAUGUUGGCGACGUGCUUCAAAUACUUAGCAAUGGCAAGUAUAAGAGUGCGGAGCACCUUGUAAUUCCGAACGGAAACAAGUCUAGAGUUUCUGUCCCAAUUUUUGUGCAUCCAACCUCCGAUGAUGUUAUUGGUCCGUUACAAGAGAUUACAGAUAGAGGAGAGAAGCCAAUUUAUAAAGAUGUUCUUUUCUCGGAUUAUAUUGGGCACUUCUUCAGUAAGCCUCAUGAUGGCAAGGCCACGAUGGAAUUUGCUAAGUUCUAACGUUAAUUAAUAAUCAUGUGUUAUUCAGCAUUAAUAAAGAUGAAAGAUCAUGUACAAAAAUAUAUUUACAUGAAAACUCCUUAGAUCAUGAUCUUUUAAUCAAAAUAUCCUUCCUUAAUUCUAGCUAAUUUAAAGCUAGAUCGAGUUAAAUUGUUGUUUGCGUAUCUUAUCUUUCAUUCGUUUAUUUUUAUUAGACUUGUUUCAUCUACACACUUUAUCAGUGCAUAACUUUAACCAUCAAUAUCUGAUCUUUAAUUUCAAUAAAUAAGGGUUAUAAAAAAUAGAUUAUAUGAAAGUAGGUAAUGAAACGAUUAUAAGAAGAUUCUACAUGACAAUGUCUUUCCUUAUGUAUAACGAAAUUUUGUGAUAACACCUUUUAAAAGACUUUUAUUGUGAACAACUACCUUAUAAAUUAUUUUUUGUGAAAACACACCUAAAACCAGAUUUUUAUAAAAAAAAAAAACCAUGACUUCGGUUUCAGACCCCUGACUUGGUUUGCCAGCGUUGACUGGUCACGUGAGCCUCACGUGCUCCAUUUAAAACCCCCCCCCCUCCCUCUUAUUUUUUCCCCUUUUUUAUCGAACUCUCUCCAAUUGAAAUUGCUUCAAUUUUUCUCUCUCCCUGUUCUUCCACCCAAACCUCACUUUCUCUCCAUUGAAGAAGAAAACUCCAUUAUUUAUCUCGAAUUUCUGCAAAGAAACUCAAUUCACCUAAUUCGAGGCUGGUAAGUUGUUUUAAUUAAUGAUACCGGUUGUUAAUUUUGUUGGGUUUGCAAAUUUUGCGUAAAUUAGGGUUUUAAAUUGGAAUUAGGGUUACAAAUUUGGGGCUGAUUUAUUCCCAACAAUGUUUUGUAGCUAGCUUCCUUUUUUUACCCCCUCCAUAUGUUCUCUUUGAAGCAAGCAAGCUUCCUUUUUUUUACCAAUGGCAGACACAGAGAAAAGGACGGAGAUAAUUAGCCAAGUACUAUGGCAGAAAUUGAGUAACAAAUGAGAGGAGAGAGAAAUUUUAAACUUACUCUUUCACUUGGCCAGAAUUCAUCCACGAAUUGAAGAAUUCAAUUAGUUCCUGUCAUGGCAGACAUUCCUUGCUGAGCAAUAAUGGUGAGGUGAGGAAGACAGAAAGAUGUAAAUGAGAGGAGAGAGAAAAUUCAGUUGGAGAGAGUUCAAUUGGAAGGAAAAAAGGGGAAAAAAAUAAGAAGGGGGUUUUUAAACGGAGCACGUGAGGCUCACGUGACCAGUCAACGCCGGUAAAUCAAGUCAAUGGUUUGAAAUCGGGGUCAGCCGGUCAGGUGUGUUUUUGUAAAAAAAAAAAAAAAAAA